AUGCGACUCAAAUUUGUCAACACGAUGAGGACACUGACUCUUCAGCUGGUUCUCGUCACUUCAUGCCUCGCUCUUAGCAACCCAUUAUCAAUACUCAGGCGCAGCAGUAAUAGUCCUGAUACCAAGCCCUACGGCAUAUCUGUGCCCUUGUUUGCAACACUCGAACGUCUAUCGCGACUCGUCGACAUUGCCUAUUGUAUUGGCACCACGGGAGUCAGGAAACCCUUCGACUGUGUCUCGCGCUGCAGCGAGUUUCCCAGUCUCGAUCUCAUCAAUACGUGGAAUACUGGCCCUUUGCUCAGUGACAGUUGCGGCUAUAUCGCUGUUGAUCACGGUGUGAGACAGCGCGGAGGCAAUGACGCUUACAUGGCCGGUGAGCCUGCUAUUGUGGUGGCCUUCCGCGGCACUUACAGCAUCGCCAAUACGAUUGUCGAUCUGAGUACUGUACCGCAAGAGUAUGUGCCGUACCCGUCUCCUGACCACGGUGGAGAAAGCCCUCCUGACGAACCAAAGCACCAAUGUACAAAUUGUACGGUGCACAUGGGGUUCCUCCAGUCCUGGAAGAAUGCUCGACGCCUUGUGCUUCCGCAAUUGAAACAGCUGAGGCUCCAAUAUCCUUCUUAUCCUGUUCAGCUUGUAGGCCAUAGCCUAGGAGGUUCCGUCGCUUGCCUAGCUGCACUGGAGCUCAAGGUAUCUCUGGGGUGGCAAGACGUCAUAGUCACAACUUUUGGUGAACCCCGAGUUGGGAAUGAAGGGCUCGCUCGCUUCGUCGAUGAAGUCUUCCACCUAGAUGGCCAAGAAGAUCUCGAGGGACGACAAUACAGGCGGGUCACUCACAAGGAAGACCCCGUGCCUCUGCUUCCUCUGGGUGAAUGGGGCUACAAGUCACACGCAGGUGAGAUAUACAUCGCCAAACAGGAGCUCAGCCCCUCCGAAGUCGAUAUUUACAUGUGUAUCGGCGAUAAUGAUCCGAAAUGCAUAUCCGGGGCAGACGACUCGUUAUGGAUGACGAUACGCCGCUUGUUUCACGUCAAAGGCCUUCUAACGGCCUCGGACAAACUGGCCGAGUUGAACGGAUUCCCUUCCAGAUUCAAGCUAUGGCAGCUGCUGUUUGCUCAUCGGGACUACUUCUGGAGACUCGGCCUCUGUGUACCAGGCGGCGACCCUGCAGAUUGGGGCAGAGGACGGUACCAAGCACCGGAAAUGGAGGAGCUAUGA